UCUGCAUACAGAUUUCAUCAUGAUGAGGCAACUAAAUGCACUCAUGUAUUGCUCAAUCCUUGAAUCCCAUUUAAAUUAGUCUUUACAUGUGCAUCUUUAACAGUAGUCCUCGGUUUCAAUGGCCAGUCUAUUAAUAACCGGAAAUUGUCCUCCCAUCACAUUAUUGUUUUAUGUAUAUCUGGUUGAGUGUUUAAAUAUCUGUAAGUUGGCACCUACCCUUUUUUCUCUUGCAAGGAAGAAAAGCUUAGUACUUGUCCAAUUUUUCAUUUACAACCUCAUGCUCCUUAAAUUUGUUUGCUAAUGAUAGCUGUAAAUAAAUUUUCUUCCAGGUGCUAGGAUAUUUUUAUUUUGAUCCAUCGGUAAAGGGACUUCUCCUGCUUUGGUUGUACUAUUGAAUUUCUUAAUGGGCGAUUCAGAAAAUGCAGCUCCUCCUUCAAAAAAAAGGGUUGCUGGGAGAGAACUAUCUCGGGAUAAUCCUGGUCUUGAUGAUGAGGAUGAGUCUACUGAGCAAGAGACUGAGACAUUCAAGAGGGCCAGUGAUGAAGUGUUGGCAAACAGAAGAAUCGUUAAGGUUCGCCGUCAUCAACCUCCAGCAGCUGCCUCUUCCAAUCCUUUUGCUGGGAUCCGCUUAUUACCUCCUACUGAAUCCAGUGCAAAACCAGCUGAAGUGAUCCCUGAAGCCGGUGAGCAAAAUGUUUCAGAAGGUGUAGACAAAACAAGCGAUGUGGGUAUAGAAACUGAAAAGGAGCCUGAAAUAACUGAACUAAAAAAAGAGGAUGAGAAUGAUAAGCCGUCAGAAAACAAGACUGAUGAACCGAAGGCAGAAUUUGAUGCUGAUAGGGGGCCUGAAAUAACUGAACUGAAAAAAGAGGAUGAGAAUGAUAAGCCGUCAGAGGACAAGACUGAUGAACCAAAGGCAGAAUCUGAUGCUGAUAAGAACAAAAGUGAUUCAGUUGAUGAGGAACAUAGACCUGAGAGUGGUGAGGAAAAGAAAGGUGUUGAUGGUGAAGAAACGAAGAAGGAUGCUAAGGAACACAAUGGUCAAGAAACUACAGCCCAUUCUCCAGCAGGUGCUCCUCUAAGUUCAUUUCGACAACUGUCAAGCAGCCAAAAUGCCUUCACAAGUCUUAUUGGUACUGGAUUUUCCAGUUCAUCAUUCUCCUUUGGCACAAUUCCAAAGGAUGGUCCAGUAAUUGGUUCUGGUUCUGGUUCUGGUUCUGCUUUUGGGCCUCUGUUUGGCCUUAAGAAUGACAAACCGUCUUCUUAUCCUCUCUCUAGUUUUGGUAGCUCUAACAAUGGGAGCCCUUCUGUCUUUAGCACUGCAGGGCCAUCCAGUAUUAAAAAGAACGAGGGAAUUGGCCCCUCGUUGCAGGAAGUGCCUGUUGAGACAGGGGAAGAGAAUGAGAAAGCUGUUUUCACUGCUGAUGCUGUGUUGUUUGAGUAUCUUGAUGGAGGGUGGAAGGAACGAGGGAAAGGAGAAGUCAAAGUGAAUGUUUCGACAACUGGAACUGAAAAGGCCAGACUUAUUAUGAGAGCUAGGGGAAACUUGCGGUUGAUCUUAAAUGCAAGUCUUUACCCCGACAUGAAACUAACAAAUAUGGAAAAGAAAGGUAUCACUUUUGCUUGCAUAAAUAGCACAGGAGAAGGUAAGGAAGGGCUAUCUACAUUUGCGUUGAAGUUCAAGGAUGGUUUUAUUGUGGAAGAGUUCUGUGGUGCAGUUAUGGUGCACAAAGAUAAGAAGACUACAGUCCUGAAGACACCAGAGAAUUCUCCUAAAGCUUCAGAUGAUUAAAUGUUGCGAUGCUAGGAGACACAGAGUUCUUGUGGAAAAGCGCAUCUUGGGUAAUAGCUGCCCAAAUCCGCUUUCUUUUUGUUUACAUUUUAGCAAUUUAUCAAGUGUCAUGUAGCCAGCAUUUAGAUUCAUAUACAAUUUAGUUGUUCAUUGUGUUCAAUCUAGUCUUGGUCGGAAUGUUCCAUCUUUUCUGAUUAAAGGUUGCAGUUUAAUUGCAUAAUUUGCUCCAAAGAUGUUGACUACUUCAUUGGGGGGCUUGAGAUGAUAUUAGGAAGAGAUGACAUUUCUUU